AGGCAUAGCUCGCCGAAACGCCGACCUAAACGCCCACAAUUCGCCUCUCCGAUCCGGCACGACACCGCCGCCGAUCCCCAUCGUCACGGUAGCCAUGUCCAACCCCGGCUCGUUGCCCGCCUCCGCUCACCACGAGCACGAGCACACCCCUCUCUGCCGCUCCUGCGGGGCGCCCACCACGUCGCCGACCCCGGCACCCUGGUCAGGGACCACCGACUCCCCGCCGCCGGCGUACCGCCCCAUCCGUCUCCCAGCCAUCAACGCGCCCACCAACACAGCCGCCAUAGUCCUCUCCCCGGUCCCACAGCCGCUCCCCGUGCCUCCCGCCGCGCCGCCCCACGCCUUCCUGGUCCCUGCCAAGCGGAUCACCUCACCGGACGAUAUCGCCCGCUUCCAUGCCUCCGUCCACGGCCUUCACUUCCUCGGGUUCGUCGCCGCGCUGUCCGCCUCCGUCCACGGCCGCAAGCUCUCGGACCCGCUACCGUCCCCGCCAUCCCCCGCCAUAGCUGCGCUGCUCGAUCUCGUCUCGGCUCUCGCCGCUCUCGUCGCUUCCACCCCUCCGCUUCCACACAGCUCUCGGUACGGCAACCCUGCUUUCCGCCUGUGGCACGAGAAGCUCACCGACUCCGCCAGCGAGCUGAUCUCGCGGAUCACGGCCACCGCGUCUUCCCCUGCGGACCUCGCAGGCGCCGAUGUCGAGCUAGCACCGUACCUCCUCGACUCCUUCGGCAACGCCACCCGCAUCGACUACGGGACGGGGCACGAAACCAACUUCGCCGCCUUCCUCUACUGCCUCGCGAGGCUCGGCCUCAUCACCGAGCCCGACUACCCGGCCGUCGUUCUGCGCGUCUUCACAGCUUACCUCGAUCUCAUGCGCACGCUGCAGGACACGUACCAGCUGGAGCCUGCAGGCUCCCAUGGCGUGUGGGGACUUGAUGAUUACCAUUUCCUGCCGUUCAUAUUUGGGUCUGCACAGCUGAUUGACCACAAGUACAUGAAGCCCAAGUCGAUUCACAACCCAGAUAUCUUGGAAAAUUUCUCCAAGGAGUACAUGUAUCUGGCGUGCGUUGCAUAUGUGAAGAAGGUAAAGAAGGGGCCCUUUAUGGAGCAUUCACCAAUGUUGGAUGAUAUCAGUGGAGUGGCCAAUUGGAAGAAAGUUAACAGUGGGCUGCUAAAGAUGUACAAGGCUGAGGUGCUUGAGAAAGUACCGAUCAUGCAGCAUUUCCUCUUUGGCUCACUAAUCAAAUGGGAGGAUUAAUAACAUCUUUAGGGAAGCUCACCAAUGAUCCGUGAGAAACUCAUGUAUGAUGUGAAGACUGGCGGUAUAGUGGUGCUACUCAAAGUUUGUAGAAAAGGGAAUACAUAUAGAAGGUCAUUUUCCAUCUAGGGUGAAUGAGCGUUCUAUAUGUUUGCAUAGUGUGCCAUCACACUUAUCUUCUGGUGCUCUAAAUUCUGGGAACCUGUUUGUUAGUUCACGAUCAGCUCAGGAUUCCCUUGGCUCCUUGAGGGCAAUGUAAUGUUAGUUGAACAACACCUUUGCACUGAAACUUUCGGCGUAGAUGACAAGAGCAGUCUCUUUGGUUUUCC